AUGAGACUGAAAGCCCUGGAGAUGGCUUCUGUAGCCGCAAUAGCGCUGGCGACUGCGUCUGAAGGGUUGUAUACUGAACUUCCAACUAAUCUCACAGAGGUCGACGUCAUCAUCGCUGGAGGAGGCACUGCGGGCAGCAUCGUUGCCUCACGACUCGCUGAAGCAGACCCCUCCCUAUCGAUUCUUGUUAUCGAGCAGGGAAAAGACAGCUUCAAUGUCACAAACGUCAUCUACCCGGCCUUAUUCGAGCGGAAUACCCUGCCCAAUUCGGAUACUGCUCUGUUCUGGAAGGCCAAGAAGUCAUCGCAGCUGGCGGACCGUGAGCCGGUUGUUGAGACAGGCGGCAUUCUCGGGGGUAGAUCAGCUAUCAACUGGAUGGUGUACACCCGUGGGCAAUGGGACGAUUAUAACUCCUGGAACACGACGGGGUGGUCAGCAGAAGAAUUGCUGCCGCUUCUGCAGAAGAUCGAAACGUAUCACGGCGCAACUAACAAUCAAUCCACUCACGGGUAUGAUGGACCAAUCCAUGUAUCAAAGGGAACACACCAAGCGCCUCGAGCUGAAAGAGGUUGGAUUGAUGGGGCCGUAGAAGCAGGUUGGUCAGAGGUAGAAGACCUUCAAAGUCUGCACUCCAACAAUGGCUCAGGGCCCUGGUAUCGAUAUGUCUCGCCUACCGACGGCCGCCGCCAAGAUGUCGCACAUCGUUACUUGUAUCCACUUCUGCAAAUUGGCGAUUAUCCUAAUCUGAGAGUGCUAGUAGAAACUCAGGUUCUCAGUGUUCUGUUCGAGGGAGAAGAGAAACGCGCCACUGGGGUGGAAAUCCGACCCAACCCUGCAUUCGCGAAGGAUGCCGGAGACAAUAGCACGACUAGAGUCAAGGCGAGAAAGCUAGUGGUUGCUUCCUCGGGGUCUUUUGGAACUCCAUUGCUUCUCGAAAGAUCCGGAGUUGGUGAUCCUGCAGUGCUGGAAAAGGCGGGAUUACCGAUUAUCGAAAGUCUCGAUGGAGUGGGCAAUGACUUCCAAGAUCAUCACUUUGUUGGGUACGUCUACCGCACCAACCUCAACCAAAACGAGACCAUCAACGGUAUAGCCCGAAAUGAUAGAGAACGAGACGUGGAUGCGAUGAUUGUCGCCGACGACAAGCAACUUGGAUGGAACGGUCACGAUGCCUCCAGCAAGUUUAGGCCAUCUCCUGCUGAUAUUGCAGCUUUGGGGCCAGAAUUCCAAGCUGCUUGGGACAGGGACUUCAAAGACUCGCCCAACCGUCCUCUCAUGAUCAUGGGACUCUUUAAUGCCUACUGUCGGAUUAGAAGUCCAAUUCGACCGCGGCAUACAGCCGACUGCGCAGGGGCCAAUUAG